AUUAGCUUUCUGUCUGAACUCUGGAUUCACCUCAACUUCAUGGAAAAUCAGAACAGUGUCACAGAAUUUGUUUUCAUGGGUCUGUGGGGAAAUAAGCAAAUGGAGCUACUGUUCUUUUUCUUGUUCCUGUUCUGUUACUUGGCAAUCUUAAUGGGAAACUUCACCAUCCUACUCACAAUCACCCACAGUCAUCUAAUCAAACAGCCAAUGUACUAUUUUCUCUGCCACCUUUCUAUCAUAGAUCUCUGCUACACCUCCACUGUGGUCCCCAGGCUAAUCAGGGACUUGGGGGCAGCAAGAAAAAACAUUUCCUAUAACAACUGUAUGACCCAGCUCUUCACUGCCCACUGGCUGGCAGGUGUGGAGAUCUUCAUCUUGGUGUCCAUGGCUUUUGACCGCUACGUUGCCAUCGUCAAGCCCCUGCACUACAUGGUCAUCAUGAACUGGCAGAGGUGUAACCUGUUGAUCUUCAUGGCCUGGGCUGUGGGUUUUUGGCACUCUAUUGCUCUACUGUUGGUAGUACUCAAUUUACCUUUCUGUGGUCCUAAUCAGAUCGAUCACUACAUAUGUGAUGUGAAGCCUCUGUUGAAACUGGUGUGCAAAGAC